UAUCUUCAGUUGUACGCGCGCGUUCGCAAGGGGUGGUUUCUUCAACAGACGUCGUCCGGUUCCCUCGCAUUUUUUGGGAUAGAAGGCACAACAAAAACCGUUGAAUUAUAGACAAUGUAAAUUAUAUGAAAACAAUAACUGACAUUAUUGAAUACAGCAGUAGAGUGAGAAUAAUAUCAUCAUCAUCGAGAUGUUUGGAGUUGUAGUGUGCGCCGUUUUUAUGAUGCAUCUAGUGCCAGCGAUGUUUGGCCAGGACGAAAUAUACUUCUCGCAGACGCCGAAGGACGUGAGCGUGGUCACCGGGAAAUCUGUUUCGCUUCCGUGCGAGGUUACACCAAACCAGGGUGUCUCCUACUAUUGGGAAUUGAACGGAUCCAGGAUUUACAACACGACUCGUCGCUUCCAGCGUGGUUCCAGCCUCCAUAUCAACCGCGUGGAUCGCGAAAGGGACUCUGGACAGUUCACUUGCAUUGCCCAGGAUCAAAAAGGCCUUUCCAUCACCAGUUCAGCCGCAUCCUUGAACAUACACUGGAUCGAAGAAGCCUCCGUUCAGCUUCAAUCUCCGGAAUCUGCAUCCUACAUCGCCAAGGGAACCGAGGUGGUGUUGCGAUGUCAUCUGGAAGCCUCCGGAGACGUCCACUAUGAAUGGUUUAGAAAUGCUGAUAGAUUGGUAAAGACGGCUAAGAUGGAUAUCAAGAAGAAAAAGUUGCACAUCAAAUCAGUGGCUCCUUCGGACAAUGGUAUAUAUCGCUGCACGGCUCAGAACGAAGCAGGAUCCCAGCACAGCUUCAAAAACUUUGCUCUUGCCGUUGCCGGAGAUGAUACUGCCCUAAUCCAAAUCGUUCCUAAAAACCAAUUGGUUAAGAAGGGUGCCGCAGCACGUUUCGACUGCACCUACCAACACGCCGACGUCACCGAGUGGUACUUCAAAGACGUGGGCCCUCUGGAAUCGGACAAAAGGAUCAAAGUGCACCCGAACGGUAGUCUGGAGAUCAACGAGGUCCGCGACAGUGACAAGGGCAUGUACAACUGCGUGGGCAUUCGGGGCGAAUCCAAGGAGGUUCCCCAGAGCUACACGGCCGAACUGCACGUAGCAUUUAUCCACAAUUUGACCGACGCCUUGUUCGAGCCGCCGCUUCCAGAAGGCUCCAAGCACGUAAUCGCCGAGGAUUCCUUCUUCCAGCAGACGUGUCUGGAACCGAAAAGCGUCCCGCCGGCGAAGAAGUUUUGGAUGAAUCCUGACGGCCACACGAUCUCUGAUUCGGGCGACGUUAAGGUCGACGAUGACGGACGUUUGAUUCUUGAUAGCGUCAAGAGGGACAAUGCUGGGACGUACACAUGUGUUGCCGAGAACGUCGCUGGGAAAACCGAGAAGUCUUUCCAACUCGUAGUUACAACAAAACCAGUAAUAACUGAAAACCCAGAAAGCGUCACAGCAGAGGAGAACGAAGCUUCGGUUCUUAAAUGCGGAUUCACUAGUGAAUCGGCGACGGAAUUUACGACCGUGAGGUGGCGAAAAGAUGGUAAAGUGAUCAAAUCUGACGACACUUCCAACCACCAGAGAUUGAAGGUAUUCAAGCAGAACGGCACGCUUGUCCUACAAUCGACAAAGAUAUCUGAUAGGGGAGAAUACCUGUGCGAGAUCCUGACCAAAGGUUUCGCGCCCGUCCUCUCGAAGCCGGCAACGAUCUCCGUCAUCGAGCAAUUGAAGUUUGUGCCGCCGCCGGUGAACAAAAAGCUUGAGCUGAGCAGCGUCGCGAAAUUGCACUGCAAGGCCCAAGGAACGCCGCCUCCCAUUGUCCAUUGGGAAAAAAUCGGCGGGCCGCUCCCAACACACAUAACAGACGUGAACGGCACUCUGCACUUCAACGGCGUUCUUCCCGAAGAUAAAGGGAAGUACAUGUGCACGGCCACCAAUAGCCAAGGCGUCAUCAAUGUCACCGUCAACAUCGAUGUAGUCGUGUCACCAAAAUUCACUGUAGUCCCGAAAAACCCGACCGAGGCCCACGAGGGGUCCGCUUUGAUGAUUGAUUGCGUUGUCGAGGGCGACCCGAAGCCCACGGUCCAGUGGGAAAAGAACUUGCGGCUGAACGAUUUCGACAAAACUAGAUUCACGAUCUUUGAUAAUGGUAGCCUGUACAUCAGCGAAGUCCACAAGGAGGAUGAAAACAAUUACGCCUGCACCGGCGGCAACAGUGCCGGCUUGAAUCGAAAGGAAAUGAGAUUAAUCGUUCACAUUAGAGACGGAUUCCAUCCGGGUGAUAAUGUCGACGGAGAAGGAUCGACGGUGACUAAGGCCGUCUUAAUUACGAUGUCGGUAGCUGCAGCUUACAUCAUCCUUGUGGUAGGACUAAUGGUCUGGUGCAGGUACAGAAGACGUUCCAGAAAAUUGCCAAUUAGCGAAGCUGGAAAGACGGAGAACGGCGAAACGGAUCCGACGGAACUGAAGGAGGCGACGAUAGCCGUGGAGACUAAUGGGCAUGUGGUGGGAGCGACGGUUACAGGGGCUGGUCCUUCGAAGCCCGUCGAGAACGGAGAUGCCCUCAAGGAGGGACAAAAAAGCGACGGAGCCGAGACGACCCAUUCGCAGAGCUCGGCGCACUCAAAGAAAUCCAAGUCCAAUUACGACAAGAUCGCCUUCUCCAGGUCUAAUCUGAGGGAUAGCAAAUUGAUCGGACGCGGUGAGUUCGGAGACAUAUUCGCUGCGAAAGUGGCGAAGAGUGUGCUGCUUGGUGAAAAGAGGAACUCGGCGUCGACGCCGACAGGAGGAUCAGAUGAGAAGGAGGUCGCAGUUCUGGUGAAAUCAUUGACGCAAACCAAAGAUGAGAACAGUUUGGCAGAGUUCAAGAGGGAGAUCGACAUGUUUACCAAACUUAGUCACGAAAAUAUUACCAAACUUCACGGACUCUGCAGAGAGGAAGAACCGCAUUACAUGAUCCUGGAAUACACUGAUUGGGGUGAUUUGAAGCAAUUCCUGGUGGCUACACAGAAAGGCAGUCCUCCAGCUUUGACCCCGGUACAAUGUGUUGCCGUAAUUCAGCAAGUUGCCCAAGCCCUGGACCAGAUUUCGAACGAGCGCUUCGUCCACCGCGAUCUCGCCGCUAGGAACUGCCUUAUCACUUCCAAAUUGUUGGUGAAGGUAGGACUUCCACGACUGACCAGAGACCCCUUCAGCCAAGAGUACUGCAAACACGCCAAUCAGAUUAUUCCAUUGCGUUGGUUACCGCAUGAGGCUGUAUACGAGGACGAGUAUUCGACGAAGAGCGAUGUUUAUGCCUUCGGGGUGCUCAUAUGGGAGAUCUUCAAUCAGGGUGAGUUACCCUUCCCCAAGAUGAACGACAAUAGUUUCCUCGCCAAGCUCAAAGAGAAGUCACUCGAGUGGAAGUUCCACAAAGACACGCCACCCGACCUAGAGAAACUUCAGGAGAGAUGCCUCGACGUGAACCCGCAGGAGAGGCCGACGUUUGCAGAACUCGCCAAGGAAAUCGAAACGAUCCUCAAGUCGAUUUCCUUAGUAAGCGUUGUCCAUUCGGGGAAGCACGAGAUGAAAAGGUUCCAGAUCGUUCUCUUCGCCCUCAUAGGAGCGAUCUCCACAAGCGAAGGUCUACGGUGUUACACCUGCUCCUUUCAGGAAUGGGAAACUGAUCAGAAAUGCGUCACGGAUCCUGCAAAUGUGGAGACUUCGACCCCAAUUACCAACUGCAACAAGAAUUACUGCACAUCAAUUCGCGUAGAGUAUGUGACUCCGAAAGGAAAGGUAAUGCAAAUGCUGAGAGGUUGUGAGGAUGUUCCCAUCUUGUUGAACGAGGACUUUGAGGAUCCGGUCUUCAGGCAUUAUUACCGGUCGUGCCAGACUGAUCUUUGCAACGGGGGAACUGGUAAGGACGGAGGUGCCGGCGAAGAACAUUUUGGAGGAUUCGGAGUGCUCUACGUUCCAGGUGUUGGAGAUAAUGCAGCAAACAUCUUCACGCCAUCAUUAUUAACGUUCAUUUCCAUGUUUCUUGUGAAUUAUAUCGUCAAUUAAAGCAUGUUUUUUAAUGACAUUGCUAAUAUUUCCAUAUAAAUAAAUGUGCUUAUUUUAAUUUAUCAACUCAAAUGAAAUGUUUAAUUCAUAUAGUUAAACAGUAAAAACAUUGAUAAUCAAACACAAAGCAUAAAUAAAAUCAUAGUCAGUAGUUUUCAAAUCGUGUCGACUUACAUAACCCUUAUAAUUAUAUUUUUACGAAACUGCUACUAACGAAACUCCUCAGGAUAUUGCUUAAAACUCCAUCACUCUCGGUUCUUUCAGAACGUAUACUGGGUUUUAAUCAAUUUAUAUGUCUACAAAUGAUAUUUAUUAUAGCUUAUAAGCAUUUUUAAGUGUAUGCUUUUAUGAACAAUAUUACCAUUAUUACACACAUGGGCGCCUUGAAACAUGAAUGUAUUUAAUUUUUAAAAUGAUACUCAUCGUACCAAAGAUAAACGCACAUUUUUCUACUGUCAAAUAAAUAUAUAUUGUAAAA